ACGGCGACGUCCGCACGGUUACAACAACGAACCAACCGACGUUAACUUUAAUCGGACGUUGUGCUACCUGUCAUCGAGUUCGAAAUUCGAACGAUCCUUAUAAAGCAAUGAGUUAUUUGGAAAAGAUGGACAAAUACUUGGACUCACUUAAAGUCGGCAAAAGCGCAAUAGUGGACUCCUGGUUUAUGAUGUCGGGCCCAAUACCCAUAAUGUCAGUGGUGAUCGCUUAUCUGGUGGUGAUACACGUGGGACCCAAGAUCAUGAAGAAUCGACCACCCCUGAUAAUGAACAAGCUGAUUGCGUACUACAACGCAGCUCAAGUAUUGCUCGCAAGUGCGAUUUGCACCAAGGUGUUCAAAUUGGAACUUUUCAAAGACGGUAUUCAGUAUGCAGGUUGUCGUUAUCCUCACUUCACUCAAAACUCUACGUUAUUGGACGUAGGCUGGUGGUACUUCUUCGCAAAGUUUACCGAAUUAUUGGAUACGGUUUUCUUUGUUUUACGGAAAAAAAAUAAACAGAUAACGUUCCUACAUGUCUAUCACCAUGUUAUAAUGGCUAUAUAUUCAUGGAGCUACUUGAAAUUUGCAUCUGGAGGUGAGGGAGCAAUACUGGCACUCCUGAAUUCAACAGUACACGUGUUUAUGUACACUUAUUACUUACUGUCAGGUCUCGGUCCGCGAUUCCAAAAGUAUCUCUGGUGGAAAAAAUAUGUCACGAAAUUGCAAUUGGCACAAUUUGUAUUGAUGCUUGUCUACUGCUGUUGGACCCAUUUCUCUCCAAAAUGCCAAUACUCUGCACCGUUUACUUACUUUAUAUCGGCCAACGUGACGAUAUUUCUACUACUUUUCCUGAAUUUCUACGUUAAAAGUUAUAAAAGCAGAAAAACUGCCGAGAAAAAAAUUGAAAGCGAUCAAAGUACACGAAAUGGGAUCACAAAUGGGUUUUCUAAGUCCAAUGGAAUUACACCAGAUAAAUCUGAAGAAAAUGGAAUACACAGACGUUUAAAAAAUACAGAGGAAUUAGAUGAUGUUCCUUAUCAAGUUAAUAAAACAUGUGGUGACUACACCAAAGAUGGAAAAGUGUAUAUGGCAAGGCGCACAGCGACAGCCGCCUUCGGUUCAGAAUACAACUUCGAUAGUAUAAUAACGAAAUGAUUCACUCUCAGAGACUGUGGUUAGGAUGGUUCAAUUGAGACUGACGAUUGUGAUGAAUUCAUGAAGACGGUUUUAAAAUAGUUGAGUAAGGAAUAGGAUACGAGGGGUCAAUAUAAGUGGGCGUAGAUUUGUAUAUAGUAAGAAUUUACCAGUGAGAGCUCUUUCCAUUUUGGGUCCAGUAAUAAAUUUAUUCGUGGAGAUAUUAAAAGGAUUACAAGUAAAUAGGUAUUGAAAUUAGUCAGUUAGGCAGUCGAGUGAUUCUUUGAUAUAUACCAACACUCGAACACUCCAUAAUGAUACUAGAAAAAUGAAAACGGAAUUUUUCAUUGUAUGUUUUAAACUGACAGAAAAUUAAUAGAACGAAAAAUUUGAAUUUCUAUUUCUACCAAUCAGAGGAACACUGAACAAAAUGUUUAGAUUCGUAUUUCUGUCAUUUGUGUGAAUAAUCUAUGUAUAUAUUUAUAAUUUAAUUGAGAGGCAAAAAUAUGUAUUGUAACUUUACUAACAUAUAUAUCCAUCUAUAUGAUGGAUAUCGGAAAUAAAUGAAAAAAUAAAAUUCCUAUAUUCAAGUAUUUCGUUCUAUUCUUUCUGAUUGUUGACAAUACCUAUGUAUAUCUGAUGAUCUAGGCGAGUUAUUAACAUUUUCAUUGGACUUAUAUUUUGCUAUCGAAUAGCACAUAAAGUACAAUUUUACCAUAACAUAUACAUUACUGUAGCAAUAAUGAUCUACGCUAUUUUAUAAAAACACCCAUUUCAAUCAGGUAUGUGCAUAAAAUUUUUGUUCUCAUAGGUAGUAAUUAACAUGAAAAC